AUGAGUAAAUCAGGCCAAACUCUACACCGAAUGUCACGACACGGGUAUCAACCUACUCGCGCGCACACCAAACAACGCGACGAAUGCGAAGAAACAGCUCUGCAUCUCUUGAGUUGCCCCGCUCUUCAUCCACUGCGAGUUCAAUUUGCGAUCGUUGAUGAUGUACCCCUGAUGAAACUAUGUUUUUCUAAGCGGUUAGCAAAAUUCCUUAUUGCGGCGGAGCGGAACUACGCUAUGCCACAGUCUUCCCACCUGGAAACCCCACGUCCCUUUCCUUACCCCAGCAAGCCUCCCCCGCACAUUAGAACUGGCAAUGCACUCGAUUAUGGAAGAACCUAUAAAAUCGUACGUAAGAGCGGUUCGUCCCUGAGCAAAGAAGCAACAAAAUAA